GCGCUCAUAUCUGAUCUAUAAACACAGUAGAUUGUUCUGUGCCUUUACCUACGGUUAUCCAUAUUAUUUGGCGCUCACAAUGUUUUCAAACACGCUGUUGAAAACCGUCAAUGUUCCAGUUAUCACCUCACUUCCUGUAUAGAGUUUAGUAAUUCUGACUUUCGGAUCUUUUCGGGCGACGGGACCUGGUGCUGCUUAGAAGCCCCAAUCUUCGGACCGCAGGCCCUGAUACAGUCGAGGCCAUGGCAGACUUUUCGCUUGCAGAUGCAAUCUCAGAUGAUGUUCCUAGCGAAGCAUCAAAAACUAAGCACACUAAUCCAUCGGCUCCUGGAAAUGGGGCUCCGCCCCCCACUAAUCCUGGCUGGCCUGGUGCGGCCCCUGGUGGCCCUCAUUUCCCAUCCUCAGGAGGCCCUGCCCAACCAACAGCACCUGGCUUCCCUCAGACUGGGCCGUCUGCCCCAGGUCCCUUUCCACCCGGCCCAGGCGCCCCGGGCCAGUUUCCCGGAGCCCCUGCAGCCCCAGGUGGAUACCCUCCAGGACCAGGCGUACCUGGACAGUUCCCCGCCAACCCUGGAGCUCCAGGACAGUUCCCCUCGAUGCCAGGUCAGUUCCCACCAGGUGGGGCACCCGUGCCAUACCCAGUUCCUGGACAGUUCCCCUCCCCACCUGGGGCUCCACAGGGCCCGUAUCCAAACGUGCCUUACCCACUAGGACCAUCUGGGCCUGGCAUGUACGGCCCAGGAGGCCCUGGUGCCUUUCCACCAGAUGGAAGCCCAGGAUAUGGAGGAGGUAUGUUUCCUCCAGUACCAGCAGGAUCCUGGGGUCCACCCGGAGGGGGGUUCCCUCCCCAACCUGGCCCACCAGGAGGCUAUGGUCCAGGACCCAUGGGACCAUACGGAGGGCCUGCAGCUCCAGGAGGAAUGCUGCCACUGCCGUACGAUAUUCCGCUGCAUGCCGGGAUAAUGCCACGCCUCCUGAUUACUAUAGUGGGUGAACCAGUACCAGGAGGAAACAGGUUCCAUGUAGAUUUUGUGAGGGGGCAUGACGUGGUUUUCCAUUUCAACCCUCGUUUCCAUGAGAACACCAUCGUACGGAACACACAGCUUGGGGGCUGCUGGGGUCCCGAAGAGAGGGAGGGAGGCUUUCCCUUUGUGCAGGGCAGACAGUUUGAGCUGAAGAUCCUGGUGGAGACAGAUGGGUUUAAGGUGGCCGUGGAUGGUACUCAUCUGCUGGAGUUUGAGCACAGAACAGGGGGGAUGGAGGAUGUCACUCGCCUGCACAUAGAGGGAGACCUCAUUCUGUUCAGUGCGGCCCCCAGCAUGAUCUAAAACCCAAGGGCGUAGGAGCGAUUUGACAAUGUUGAGGUGACACAUUAUGUUGCUGGUCCUUGAAAAAUAUAGAUUAUCUCCAAAAAUGUGGGACGAACUGAAAUUUCUAAAAGUUAUAAUGAUAUUUCUGUUAUCUGCCUCUCCAUUGCAGAUUAGUCAAACUCAAACACACAAUCUAAACAAAUGAAAUACAGAUGUAAAGAAAGCUGAUAUCACUGAUAUGUUUAAAGCACCAUAACUUUCAGUUUUUCCUCAUUCUCUUACUUGUCAGAAUGCAUUAUGCUAGUUAACCUUUCGCAUGUAUAAUGGAACAUGACAAUUUUGUAAAAACGAAACUUGUACUGUUCGAAUCAACACACCUAUUGUAUGACCUUCAGUAUUAGGAUGGUACAGUACCAAGGCCCAUGAGGGGUAAUAAACUAUAAUUCAGGAAACUACAGACCAGAGCUGUGACACUGUGCUGAAUUACAGAUCUAAAUGGCUGAAUAUUAUUUUAUUUGGUAUGGAUUUUAGAAAAUGUUCAUUAUUUUGAAUAAAACCAUAUUAAUGAAAUCAUUGUGAUAAUGGAGAUAAGCAAAUAAUUAUGUCCGAAUAAAUGCUGUAUUACCCCAA